UCCGGCGAGGCACUCUCACGAGGCAGAUCAGGGAAAUUUUCUCCGCUCCUGGCUGGGGACUGGGGGGGCAGUUUCGGCGAAUUUCUGCCCCCCAAAAAAGGUCUGAGAGGACAGUUCAGACCAGUGGUGACCAGAGCAGCGCAAAACGAGGGGUUCUUGAAUUCCCGGCACUGAAAAGUGGAAGGGAGAAGAAGACCCCCCCAGCGCAUGUAAGAAGGGCCGCCUCAGCCAAGUGACGCCGCGACGAUCUGGUGAGUGGUGCCGAACUCUCCGUUUCUAAAGCCGCGCUUAGCUGGCCCCCAAAUAAGGCUAUAACUACCAAUAAACACAAACAAGAGACUCAAUUAAGAAGCGGAAAUACAUUAUAAGAGAACAAAGGGGGCCAGAGAUAAGUUUGAAGUAAGAGAAAACGGCGGCUGAAAAAAGAUUUAAAACAUACCGGAGCUCCGUGUUUACUCGAUGGGCUGGAAUGCAGGAAGAUCUUCAUAUCGGUAAAUACACACUCUUUAUAACGCUGUGAGCAGAAGUCCAAAACCGGGAGGAUAAAGUAAGCGACUGCCUGGGGAGAGUAUUAAGCGAAGGAGGGGAUUUAAACCCCCAACGCUUAAAGAGAACUGUGUUGAAAGAACUGCUUUUUAAAACCCAGGCAGAGAAACUAAUAGUUAAAUAUAUACAAAGCAAAGGAACUGUGAGAUCGCAAGGGAGGCUGAAAUAUAUGCUGAAAUGCACGCGUACCAUAGCAAAAAGCAGUAAACAAGAGCGGGGAAGGCGGGGGGAGAGAGAAAGAGCGAGGAGGCUCUCGAAAUAAAAUCAAAACAAGAGCUAAAUAGAAAAGCGAGAGGAGGAGAAAGAGGACGGGAUCGAUGAGGGGAGAAAUCAGGAAUACGAGGGAGAGCGCAGGAGAUCGCCGAGAAAAUAAAUAAAUAAAGGAUUAAUGGCGACGAAAGAGAGUUAAAAAACGCUGAGUUCACUUCCGCCUUCUUCUUGCUCAGAGGAACGAUAGAGUCUAUACAUAUUGCAGACCUGGAAGGAAACCACAGUGACAUCUAACGUACGCAAUAGGAAUCUCACAGAAACUUGGAGAAACGCUCUCAUAGCGACACCCAGUGGAGGGACAAGGGAAUUGAAUGAGUUAUUAAAUGAACUGAAUGUAGUGAAUCUAAUGUAUUGAAUGUAUCUCUCUUUUUUUCUUUUUACAUAUAGUGGAAUGGAAAGGAUGAACUAAGAGUGUAAUUACCCCUAAACUCCCAGGAAUCAAGGUGUAUAAGUAAAGAGGAAGAACCAUGACAUCAACUAAAAAAGGACAAUCUCAAAUGAUGAUCCCAGCGGCUCUGCCGAGAAGACAAUCCGCUCCGGAAAUGGACCAUAAUGCAGAUAUCAGAGAACUGAUAAUAAAUAUGAACAAAACAUUGAAUGAUAAGCUGGACAAUAUGGGACUCAAAAUAGAACAGAAUUCCAAAUUGAUAGAACAAAAUUCGAAAAUAAUUACGGACUUAUCAGGACAGAUAAAGGAUUUAACAAUCAAAAACAUGGAGACUGAAAAAUCAGUGGCGGAAGUAAAUACAAAAGUGAUGAAACAAGAGGAGAUGAUGAAAGAUAUUACAAAGAAAAUCCAGCAAGAGAACAGAGAUUUAAAGAAAUACCAAGAUACCACUAAUGUGGGAAUGAGUCAACUGAAGCAGGCCCAGGAAGAUAUCCUGGACCAAAUUGCGAUUUUGGAAAUGUAUCAGAGGGAGUUAAUUUUGAGAUUUAGGGGCGUUCCGGAGGUGCAGGGAGAGGAUAUUAUGAGUAAAUUGAUAAAAGAAUUAGCGGAAUGGCUGGGAGUAAGAGAAGAAGAGUUGAUAAUGGAUGUGGAUAAAAUAUUUAGAGUAAGACCGGAGGGGAAAAAACAAUACAGAGGUCCAGGAGAUUGUCUGGUGUAUCUGAAUUCCAGAUUGUUAAAGGAUAAGAUAUUGCAAAAACGGAGAUUGAGAAUAGAUGGCAACAAUGUAAUCAUAUAUAAAGAAAUUCCAAAGCGCAUUUUGAAAAAGAGGGAAAAAUAUAAGGUUCUAACAGACGCGCUGAAACUGAAAGGUAUUAGAUUCAAAUGGCUAGUCCCGGAAGGUCUGUCCUUCACCAUUAAAGACACAAGGAAGGUUAUCAGAUCAGUAGAUGUGAUGGAGAAGGUUAGAAGAACAUAUAGAAAGGAACUGGGGGAAGAGGGGGAUUCGGAAAGAGAGGAAGAGGAAGGAGUAGGAGAGGAGGAGGCAGAGAGAUUGGGGGUGACAACGUAAAACGAACACAAUAACGAAGAACCAUUUUAUAAGUGACUUUGCUUUCUUUUGGUUUAGAAUUUCUGUUGGUGAUUCUGUAAGGUAUUCAAAUAAAGUGAUUAAAUAUCUUCGAUUGUAGUGAAUAUAAGAAAUGGAGCUUAGGAUAAUAUCCUGGAACGUAAAUGGCCUAAAUGAUAAGAAAAAGAGAAACAAAAUAGAACAUAUAUUAAAAAAGGGAAAA